AAAGUAAAGGCAACCAAUGAGCUUCCGCCACUCCUUCCCUUCACCCUCACAUGCUCUCUUUCUCUUUUCUCCUCUUUACUCUCCCACUCUACUGAUUACAGCAACCACACUCUCUCUCUCGUCCAGCUACGAAAACCAAAAGCACGCCGCCCGCUUAUCAUAUUCAUCUUGUGUUGUAGUACUCUACAUCAAGAUUCGCUUCUUUCCCUUACGGGUUCUGUGUUUUUUUUUUUUUUAUAUGUAAUUUCCAUCUGAUUUGGCGCUGUUUAGAUUACCCUUAUAUUCAGCCAUGAAUCGCGCCCCAUCUCCACCUAUAUAGGCUCCGUUCUGUACUCGAUACUCUCUUUUUUCUUGUUCGCUGACCAGAAAUUGGCAAUGCCGAGGCAGAGGAACCGGGUCGGGGAGGGUUUGGUUCCCGGAUCCUGCAAGAUCCGGAAGAGGGGUGGGUCGUCGUCGUCCUCUUCGUCGACGGUGCUGCAGAAUUACCGGUUCAAGCGGGCCAUUCUGGUGGGGAAGCCUCGCGGGUCGAGAUCGGGCACGCCAGUGCCAAGUUGGAGGACGGCGGCUGCGGCGGCCGCGGCGGCGGAGUCUCCGAAGUACGCGCCGUCGCAGGGCGGUGGCGGCGGUAGGUCGUCGAUGCCCGUGUCCGCGAGGAAGCUGGCGGCGACGCUUUGGGAGAUGAACGAGAUUCAGUCGCCGAAGGUCGGGGAGAACGGAGAGGAGAAGAGGAGGUUGCUGAAGAAAGAGACGAGGCUUAGGGAGAGAGUGAGCCGGGUCGGGUCGGUGCAUUCUGGGUCACUGCCGCCUCAUUUGUCUGAUCCGUCUCAUAGUCCUCUUUCAGAGAGAAUAGAUCGAUCAGGGACAGGCAGUCGCCAUAGAAAGCCUUCUUCAAUUUCUCAUAGGCUCAGGCUCGUAGACCACAAUGCUGGCAUCCUGGAUUCCUUUAGCAGUGCUAGUUUAAUGGAGAUUGAGACCAAAUCCAGAGGCCAGACUCCAACUGGGUCCAUGGUUGGUGUUAAGACAGGCUUGAAGGAUGUUAGUAGUGCCUUGACCACAUCGAAAGAGCUACUGAAAAUAGUCAACCGUAUUUGGGCUCGUGAUGAUCUGCCUUCAUCAAGUAUGUCCCUUAUUUCUGCCUUACAUGCUGAGCUUGAGAGGGCUCGUUUGCUGGUCAAUCAGCUGAUCCAAGAGCAAAGAUCAGAACAAAAUGAAAUUAAUUAUAUUAUAAAGUGUUUUGCUGAAGAGAAGGCAGCAUGGAAAAAUAAGGAGCAAGAUGUAGUUGAAGCUGCUAUUGAGUCAGUUGCAGGUGAACUUGAGGUGGAGAGGAAGCUGAGGAGGCUCGAGAGUUUGAACAAGAAGCUUGGGAAAGAAUUAGCAGAGACAAAAGCAUCUCUCAUGAAGGCAGUCAAAGAACUUGAAAGUGAGAAGAGAGCAAGAGAGGUAAUAGAACAUGUAUGUGAUGAUUUUGCUAGAGACAUCGGCAAGGAUAAAGCUGAAGUUGAGGAACUGAAGAGGGAGUCUGUAAAAAUGUAUGAAGAGGUUGAGAAGGAAAGGGAGAUGCUUCAUUUAGCUGAUAUGUUGCGUGAAGAGAGAGUUCAAAUGAAACUCUCAGAGGCUAAACAUCAGUUUGAGGAGAAAAAUGCAGCCGUUGACAAGCUAAGGAAUCAACUUGAAGCUUUUAUGAGAGGCAAAAGGGAUAAGGAAAUGGGGCGCAGUUCUUUAAGUCGUGGCAACACUAUAGAUCUUGCUGCUUACUUAAGUAGAACAUAUUUUGGCUCCAAUCAAAAUGAAAUCAAUGGAGAGGACGGAGAAAUGGACAAAGUUGAUUCUGAAGAAGACUCUGCUGAAAGCGACCUUCAUUCUUUAGAGUUGAAUGUGGACAACAAGACCAAGAGCUACAGGUGGGCAGCAAAUUCUUCUGGGGCAGGCGAUCAUUCUAGGAGACCUUUGAUAGAUGAUGAAAUGAAAGGAAGGAACUCUGCCUCUGGAAAAGGACCAAGAAAAAGCACUUCUCUUCAAAGGAGCACAUCGGGUGAAGUUGACUGGGGAGUCCAAAGUGAAAGCCUUCAGAAGUUGGGAGAUGGCGUAGAUCUGGAGAGACUCUAUGAACUGGAGAAGCAAGCUCAGAGGAAAGGUUAUGGGAAUGAUCUACGGGGGUAUAUAUCCAUGAAAGGUCUUAAGGACCACAUAUUGUCCAGUUCUAGGGCAGUAUCUACUGGAGACUUUGCUAGUCCAACCCGGCAAUGGGGACAGGCAUCGCCUGCAUGGGAUUCUAGUAAUGCAGUUCAGGAUAGACACACUGCAGUUCAGGUAAAUCAUUUGGCCUCAAGGCUAGCUGUAGCAAAAGGGGAAGCCCCGGGUGCUAGACGAUCAAAACGGUGAGUUAGUAUCAUCUCGUUUCCUCAUAUUGUCCUCGAGAUCCAAGGAUGCUGCUUAAACUUGCAGUUCGGGAUAUGCAUGCUGGAUAUACUCAAAAACAACGUCUGGGCCCUGGGUUGCGUUGAGAAUCCAAGAAGAUCCUGUUUUUUGUUGAUUUAUGCUUUCCAUCUUUCUGGGUGCUGCUCUACUUGAGCAGUUCAGAUCUAUCACCAAUAUGUAUGAAUAUAAUGGAACUGUCUGUAGAAAGUUUUCUGACCUGAGUGAAGUUUUUUGCUGUAUAAAAACUUCUACUGUAACUAAGAAUACAUUCUUGACAACUCUCUUCCCUUUGAUUUCAGAAUGAAUGAGGUUACUUGGGCUUGGCUUUCAUAGAUCAUGAUGCCAAGCAGAUGGCACAAUUUUAGUUCACCUGGGU